UUUUUUUUUUACCCCCACAUUUUUUUUUUCCUUUAUUGAAAAGUCCAGGUUGCGGUAGAGUUCCCGUCCCGCUAUUCCCGUCUCUCCUCGUUAGUAUAGUGGAUUCCACUUCCGGCAGCCGAAGCGAUCGGACGCGGAAUGUCUAGCUCCGACGGAGCGGUUUCGGCGGCCCAGGCGGGCCGCGGUAUCAGGGACGUUGAUAAGGAAUACGCUGUCAUCCUGCCUUCGCUGCCCACCGGAUCACUCGUGGUAAAUACGGUUUUUUUACACGCUGAUAUUAAGGGACGUCCGUAUCGCGCCGAAGAUUUUCGCGACGCGCUGGCUCGCUUAGGACUACUCCCCGAGGUUGUCGCCCUCGGGGCGUAUCAAAUGAAUCACGUCUGGGCCGUCACCUUCAAGACUACCGAGGGGUCCAAGAAGCUACUGGCGGAGUCGGAGCUCGUCGUCAAGGGUCGGCGGUGCAUCGUCGUCGACCCGGGCAACCGGGACGUACGCCUCAAGCUCCACUGGCUGCUUUUUAACGUCGGCGACGACGACGUGAGGGCAGCCUUGGCGCCUUAUGGCAAGGUCCUUGACGUCUCCAGGGAGCGGUGGCACAUCGACGGCUGCCACAGCGUCAGCACCAUGACGCGGACGGCGGUGCUGCGCCUGAAGGGGGGCGUGACUCCCGACGACAUCCCGCACCAGCUGCGCGUCGCCGGUGAGCUCGCCCUCGUUGUCGUGCCGGGCAGGGCGCCGCUCUGCCUGCGGUGUCAGCGGACGGGGCACAUCCGCAAGGAGUGCCGCGUCCCCAAGUGCAACGUCUGCCGACGGUUCGGCCACGACGACACGCAGUGCGUAAGGACCUACGCGGCGGCCGUGGGUCCUGUGGGAGGCGAGGAGAAAUCCGAGCUUCUCAUGGACGAGGCCGACGCCGAGGAGGCCGUCGCGGGUCCGGACACCGGGGCGGCGCCAUCGCAGAGAGCAGCGGCGGCGCCCGAGGGCGACACGGCCACGUCCGCGGUCAACGAGGCACUUGGUGCUGAGACGGCGAGCCAGGCCAAGUCUCCGGACGUUCCGUCCGUUGAGGCGCCGAGGCCAGGAGUCAGAGCAGCCGACACGUGCGACGACGCCCUCCCUGAACAACCAGGCGACGCGCCCAUGGAGACGGCCGUGACACCGGAGCUCGCCACAAAGAGGACUCGGGACGUCGACGGUGCUGACCCAGCAGCAGCGACCAAGGAAGAGCCGCCUGCCAAGACGGUGCCCCUGUGGAGGCGACGUGCGCCUGUUCGGCCGAACAUUUCGGAGGAGGACAGGAGGGCAGCCAAGCCUCCGCCGUGAAUGUGUGCGCCGCAGUUCGCCGAGAGCCACGGAGUCAGCGACUUCAAAGGACAGACACCUGCACCGCGCCGACGCGGCAGGUUGUUCCGAGGUAAGCACCAUGCGGUCUGUCUUUUCUCCCUUUCCUGAAUGGCGGUGAUAUUAGACGCCCCUUUUCGUGUCGCCACGAUUAACGUCCGCGGGCUCGCUGCGAGGCGUCGGCAGUACCAACUGAGCCGACUGUUUGCCGAGAACGAGUUGGAUAUCAUUGCCGUUCAGGAAACAAAGGUUGAGAGUCAAGAGCAGACAGACCGUAUGGUGCAGCCUUUUCGAACUCUUUUUAAUGUCUGCGUUUCGCACGCUAUGGGAACGUCGGGGGGUUGUUGUUUGUUUCUUCGGAAGUCUCUAGGGUUUGUUGAGACCGCCGUGAUUUCUUGCGCGUAUGGCCGUUUUGUAAUAUGUGAUUUUUCUUUUUCAAAUAUGCAAUGGCGCGUUAUUUGUGUUUAUGCGCCCAAUCGUGAGUGCGAGCGCAGGGUCUUUUUUGAAGGUCUGAGCGAGUACCUUAAU